AUGGAUGACAUCGGCGUUCUUUCUACCUCUUGUCUAAGUUGCUUCGAUACUCUGACACGAUCGCUGCGCACAUCUUCGGAUGAGUUCAAGAAACAGAUGAGGCCAAUAGCAAUUGAAAAUGAAUAUGCCCGCUUCAAGAUUUGGGCUGGCAACCUGGGCGCUUUACAGAGAGGCCGGCAUUCUCUUGAUGCUAGAUUACGAGACUCGGUGGUGCUACGAGCAGCCGUCCUCAAAUUCAUGGGAGAGUUACAAGACUCUUUGAGAAAGAGUGCCGAGAUCACCACAGGUCUUCGCCUACCGUACGAACAGGGUGGCGAUGCCACACAUGGUCCCGACGAAGAUGCUGAGGACAACAGUGACACUAGUGGCACCAGCAGUGACUUGGAGUCUGCAGAACUAGCUGAGAGACUCGAUGAAAUCAAAGAUAUCAUGGAGCACCUGUAUAAGCUCUCCUUCAAGAUACGCAACACGAGAUAUCGUUCUCUCACCAACAAAGCUCUUCUGAUGAAAGAAGAGGAUCCACAAACCGGGAAAGACUUGUUCUCGGCGUAUGCCAUCUUCGAUUGUCGGCAUGUACAAGAGUCACUCAAUCGCUUGCGCCUGCGUCCGUCAUCAAAGGAAUUCGUUACUGAACCUGCACGAAACCCAAGUGACGGGUGUUUCGAUGUGUUAAAUGGUGGGGAUCGCCUGUUAAAUAGCGACGAUUUUCUACAAGAUCGCUUAGCAAAAGCAAUCACCAACCGCAGAAAGUAUUUUGCAUAUUGGCGGAGACAUGCUCUCAAGCUCUCACACGUUACGGAUGAGCUAGCCCCCCAACAAAAUUUCACAACUCUCGUGAAGCCUGCGAGACCUGUUUCUGGACCUCCAACCACACCCUCAAUCUCAGGGUGUUCCCUACCGACUCCAGGGGCAAAAACCCUGGUUUCAGGAACCGAUUUCUCCUUGUAUAGCCAUGAAUUGGACGACCAGCUGGAUACAGAGACCGUGUUUUCCUAUGCGACAACAGCCUACGAUGUUGACGGAAAUUCCCCAGAACUACCUCCACCUCCUCCCGAUGCGGCCACGAAGCCAGAGUUUGUUUGUCAGUAUUGCUGGGUGGCUUGUCCGUCGAGACAAGGAAAAGGAAAGUCAUGGCAAGAACAUAUCCGACAAGAUCUCCAGCCGUACGUAUGUACCUACGAGGAAUGCUCAGAUGCCGACCGCAUGCACGCCAGUCGGCAUGCGUGGCUUGAACAUGAACGGCUAGUCCACCGCCGAAUAUGGAGAUGCUUCGAACACAGGUCCUUCAGCUCCAAAUCGAAAAACGGCUUGCUGCAACACUUUUUAGACUGCCACAAAGGUCUAGAUGAGCAGCAGAUCGAAAACCUCCUGGAUAUAGCCGAGACGACGGUAGCCGAUGACAGACAAACCUGCCCAUUCUGCUUCUCGAUUGGACCUUUUGCUAAGGGGUUUCACAACCACGUGGCUUUCCACCAGGAACAAUUCGCAACAUUUGCAGUACCACGAAACUUUGACAGCAAUAAAGAGGCGGACUCUAAAAAAUCCGAAGGGAUUAGAUCAGCUGGAUCUUUGUGUUCCGUUGCUCUAGAUUUCUCGGACGGUGAUAGCAGCCUUGACAGCGACGACAGCGACGUAUCAGUGAACCAACUCGGAAACUCCCUGCUAAACUCUGCGAAUUUCGGAGACGCUGCGGCUGUUAGGCUGCUACUCGAGAAGGGCGGUAAUCCCGACUUAGGGGAUAAUAAUGGCCAGACACCGCUAUUAUGGGCGGCUAAGAAAGGCCACGAGGCAGUCGUAAAGCUACUACUCGAGAAGGGCGCCGAUCCUGCCUUUAAGGAUCAUCGUGGCCAGACGCCGCUAUCGUGGGCGGCUAAGAAGGGCCACGAGGCAGUCGUAAAGCUGCUACUGGAGAAGGGCACCGAUCCUUCCUUGGCGGAUACUUAUGGGCAGACGCCGCUAUCGUGGGCCGCUAAGAAAGGCCACGAGGCAGUCGUAAAGCUACUACUGGAGAAGGGCACCGAUCCUUCCUUGGCGGAUAAUGAUGGCCAGACACCGCUAUUAUGGGCGACUAUAAAUGGCCAUAAGGCAGUCGUAAAGCUGCUACUUGAGAAGGGUAUCGAUCCUACCUUAGCGGAUACUUAUAGCCAGACGCCGCUAUCGUUAGCGGCUGAGACCGGCCAUGAGGCAGUUGUAAAGCGGCUACUUGACAAUGGCGCCGAUCCCGAGUCGAUAGCGUGGGCGCCUAGGUCUUCAGAAUCAGAUUCAGAAUUAGACGAUUCGGAUCAAGGUUCUGUUAUUCCCGACCGCCUCGCUUCAGAGGAUUUUACCUAA